UUGUUUGUGUAUAUUGUGGGUGUGUAAAUCAUUAAUUAUGACAUAGCAUGAUUUAAGUACGAUUCAACCAACUCUCAAAAAGUUAUUUGUUGAACUAAAUAUAUAAGAAAAGAUAAAGAGCAUGAGUUAUGGACAUUUUACGUCUAUGAUUUAGUUACAUUUUGCUAUUGCAUCUUUAAAAAGAAAACUAUUUUGAUUUCCUUUUUGUUUUGAUCAUAACUAUUUGGGGUUUUAUUAAAGGACAAGUUUGUCUCCAAUUUCUUCUGACUAACCAGAUCUCAUUUUCCUUUGCAAUGAACUACUUAGAAAUUUUAUUCAUCACUGCUACAUUAAAAUUUGUUUUUAUACCCAGGGAGCUGGUGUUGAGUUAUAUCCAGGAAGUGUGGCUACCUUGGAGGAUAACAAAAUUCACCAUUGCAAUAACUUCAGAAUGAGUGAUUCUUCACGGGGUAGUCUUGGUGGAAUUAACAUAAAGGUCCUCCCUGCUCCUAAACUAAAAAUGAAAAAUAACCAUAUUUAUAGUAACAAUGGUUACGGAGUGACAAUUAUGAAGCCUUCUGAACAGCUGGGCACUACAGCAGACGAAACCAUGGAAUGUGCUGCAGCAGGAGACGGAGAAGAUUCUGUUUCUAAACUAAUGCAGGAACUGACUCUUCAGAUAAAUGCAAAUACACUGGAAGACAUUAAAGGCAUCAGCCUAGUUAACUGAAGCUGCAGGAUAUCAUGGUUUAGCCAUGUCUUAUGGCACAAGAGAAAAGUUUAUAUUAUUAAAAACAUUGCUGUAUAAUAAAUACUGUUAAAACAGUGGCUUUUAUAAGCAUUUCAUAGGUAAAGAGAAAACUGAAAAGUAGUAUGAAUGCAUUUAAACUUAUUUUUUUAUCUAAUAACUUCCUGUAUCAGCAAUUUAAUAAAUCAAAGGAUUGAA